AUGUCUCUCUCCAACAAGCUCGCUAUCACUGACGUCGACCUCAAGGACAAGCGUGUCUUGAUCCGCGUCGACUUCAACGUCCCUCUUGAUGCCAACAAGAACAUCACCAACAACCAGCGUAUCGUUGGAGCUCUCCCCACCAUCAAGUACGCCGUUGAGAAUGGCGCCAAGGCGGUCAUCCUUAUGUCUCACCUCGGCCGUCCCGACGGCAAGGCCAACCCCAAGUACAGCCUGAAGCCUGUCCAGGCCGAGCUCGAGAAGCUGCUAGGCAAGUCCGUCAUCUUCACCGAGGACUGCGUCGGCAAGGAGGUUGAGGAGACCGUCAACAAGGCCAGCGGCGGCCAGAUCGUUCUCCUGGAGAACCUGCGUUUCCACGCCGAGGAGGAGGGCAGCUCCAAGGACGCCGAGGGCAAGAAGGUCAAGGCCGACAAGGAGGCCGUUGCUGAGUUCCGCAAGGGACUGACUGCCCUGGGUGACAUCUACAUCAACGACGCUUUCGGCACCGCUCACCGUGCUCACUCCUCCAUGGUCGGAGUCGACCUUCCCCAGAAGGCCUCCGGCUUCUUGGUCAAGAAGGAGCUGGACUACUUCGCCCAGGCCCUUGAGAGCCCCAAGCGGCCCUUCCUGGCCAUCCUGGGCGGCGCCAAGGUCUCCGACAAGAUCCAGCUGAUCGACAACCUGCUGCCCAAGGUCAACAGCCUGAUCAUCACGGGCGCCAUGGCCUUCACCUUCAAGAAGACCCUGGAGAACGUCAAGAUCGGCAACAGCCUGUUCGACGAGGCCGGCAGCAAGAUCGUCGGCGAGGUCAUGGAGAAGGCCAAGAAGCACAACGUCAAGGUCGUCCUGCCCGUCGACUACAUCACGGCCGACAAGUUCGCCGAGGACGCGCAGACCGGCAAGGCCACCGACGCCGAGGGCAUCCCCGAGGGCUUCAUGGGCCUGGACGUCGGCGAGAAGUCCGUGGCCCUGUACAAGGAGGUCAUCGCCGAGGCCAAGACCAUCCUCUGGAACGGCCCCUGCGGUGUCUUCGAGAUGAAGCCCUUCGCCAAGGGCACCGAGGACACCCUUGACGCCGUCGUCCAGGCCGCCCAGUCCGGCUCCAUCGUCAUCAUCGGUGGUGGUGACACUGCUACCGUCGCCGCCAAGUACGGCGUUGAGGACAAGCUCAGCCACGUCUCCACCGGUGGUGGUGCCUCCCUCGAGCUCCUCGAGGGUAAGGACCUCCCCGGUGUCUCUGCUCUGUCCAGUAAGUAAAAAUAUUACCAAUAUAUCUAAUGUCUCACCGGAGGCGUAGGGCACGGUUUCCUGUAGGCGUGCAGUGUGGGGGAUGAAUGUGGGAGGGAGAGAGAGAGAGUGUGUGUGCAUAUAUGCGUGCGUCAUGUUUGCCUGUCUGGUCUUGUUCGUUCGGUCCCCCUUGCGUGUCUGUCUGUCUCGGGGAAUUUUUGUGCGGUCUUAUGCUUUCAACGAAUGUAAUGUACAAGGAUGAUGAUAAUUUCAAAUGUUUUUGACUGUACUUCUUUCUGAUCCGAGGUUUCUGUUCAGUGACAGGGUCGAAGCUGUGAAUGAUUGACAAAUGUCGGAGCUUGUGUGUAGACUGGGAAGCUCCUACCUUAUUAGUUAGAUAAUCAUGUAGUACUCUGCUAGUCCUCUAAAGGC